AGAAGGACAGAUCCAGUUACUGGUCUACCAAUUCCAGAUCGAUCGAAUAUGAAUAAUAUUUUGUCUUUUCUUAUGCCGAGCAUGGCUGGUAAUGGACAACAAACAAGGAUAGAUCCAGUUACUGGUCAACCAAUUUCACCAAUAUCGAACACAAGUAAUAUUUUGCGACUUCUUUUGGCCAACAAUGGAUCGUCCGAAAGCACUGGGGGUUUGGACAUGGCUAGAUUUUGGUUGCUGACAAUAGGAGAUCCGGCAAGAACCGGAAUGAUUAGUAGCUCUGGACGUAACGGUAGAUUUAACACAUUUACCUCGUUUCUUCUUUUGAACAACAGAAACUUGGGAGGUGGUGCAUCUAAAAAUCUCCUGCCGCUUCUACUGUUAAGGGAUUAUGGAAAGCAACAUCCAAAUAUCGACCCAAUAACCAGACGACCACUUUCAUCGUCACCAUCCACUAUACGUUCGAGUUUUUACCUUCCACUGUUUUUAUUGAUGGAAAGCGAAGAUACACCAUCGAACAACAAGUUGCUUAAGGCUUUCCUGUUGAUAUACAUUCAGCUGAAAAAAGAUAAUACCAUACAACUUCUGGGAUAAGACUUUAUUUCUAACUAGUGAACGAAAAUGACAUUUUCUUUUAUGGUGCUAUUUGGUGGUAAACAAAGAAAACAGAUUUUUAUAACCGUAUAACCAAGACUUUCAAAGCUUUGUUUUGAAAGCACCAUGGUAGGAAAUACGAGAUAUUUUAUUCUACACAGUAUAUACCAGUCCUACCCUACUAUGCGACCCUGUAAAUACUGAUGUCCGUUGUGCAUAGAUACUAAUUGUGUAUAUAAAGUAAUAUUAUAGUUGUACAAGACACUGUGUCUUUGAUUUAUAACAAUGUGUUGGAAGUAUAUUAA